AUGGAGGCUAACGGUUUUAAGAUCGCUUUGUUCACCUGCCUCGUGAUUGCUCUUAGCAUCUACAUCCCGAUUUACCGUAUCGAGUUUCACGACGGGACAUAUUCACCGGUGAAUCGUACCGGCGAGGUUAGGUUUUCCGAUCCAUCUCCCUUCGACGAGGAUUUCAUGUUCACUUCUACCGCAGAAGAUACCGAUCAAUCUUACUCGCUCCACUACGAUUACUACCGAGAUUCUUGCCCUUCCGCCGAGAGAAUCAUCGGAAAAUCUAUCAGAGACGUCUACGAGACCAGACCUAGCAUUGCUCCGAAUCUAAUCCGUCUCCUCUUUCACGAUUGCUUCAUCGAGGGAUGUGAUGCAUCAGUCCUUCUGGACACAGAUGUAGCUUUUGCUUCAGAGAAAGAAGCACCUCCGAAUCUGUCAUUGAAAGGGCUUGAUGUGAUUGACGAAAUCAAGUCUGAGCUAGAGAAUGAGUGUCCUGGAGUUGUUUCUUGCGCCGACAUUCUUGUCUUGGCAGCUAGAGAAUCCGUCUUAAUGGCUGGUGGUCCAUUUUAUCCUCUUGAGACUGGAAGGAAAGAUAGUGUUGUCGCCUUCAAGGAUUUUGUAGAACGCGAGCUUCCUUCACCACAAGCUACUCUCUCUGAAAUUCUUGCAAGGUUUGCUACCAGAGGAUUCAAUGAGCAAGAAACCGUCAGUUUAUUCGGAGCACACAGCAUAGGCAUUACACACUGCACGUUCUUUGAGGACCGUCUCUACAACUUCUCAGGAACCGGAAAGCCAGACCCUGAAAUGAAUCCAGGGUACCUCCAAGAACUCAAAACCAAAUGCCCAUUCUCUGCCUCGGCUUCCUCUCCAUCUCAAUCCCUUGGCACUGGUUUAGGACAGUCCUUACCUGCAUCAGAUGAUUCCAAGAACGACUACGGUAUGAGCUCGUCGGGAGGCAAUAAUGAUGGAGUGAUCGACUUGAGCUACAACAACGAAGGAGGCGAUGAGAAUUUCGGAACACGGUACUACAGGAGACUGUUGCAGAAGAAAGGGUUGAUAUAUUCUGAUCAGCAGCUAACGAGUAGAGAAGAGACAGAGAUGUGGGUGAAAGCAUACGCGUCUGAUCCGCAGUUGUUCCGCCGCGAUUUCGCCAUGUCGAUGAUGAAACUAUCCAACUAUCAUGUUUUGGCUGGUCCUCUUGGCCAAGUCAGAACAACUUGCUCCAAAGUGUUGCCCAUGAAGAACUGA